AUGGACAUGAGCGAUAUGACCACGUCCAUGUCGAUGGGCAUGACCGGUAUGGCAACGUCCAUGUCGAUGGCGACGGCGACAUCAACGGGGUCCAUGUCGAUGACCAUGUCGAUGCCCUCUUCAACCACCACCGACUCCAUGUCCGGCAUGUCCGGCAUGUCCGACUCCUCAAUGACCAUGUCCAUGGCCGAUAUGGUCAUGACCUUCUUCACUUCAUUCAAGACGCCUCUCUUCUCCAACGACUGGACGCCAACGACCAAGGGCCAGUACGCCGGUACCUGCAUUUUCCUGAUCGUCUUUGCCGUCAUUCUCCGAGUCCUUAUCGCCAUCCGACCCGUUCUCGAGGGUCGGCUAUGGACGGAUGGUGUGCAACAGGCCACUCUUGGUGGUCAUAUGGGUCAGAAAACCGAGACUAGGCAUGUCUCUGGUGUGCAACUGAGUAUGCAAGAGCUCGGCAACCGGUGGUCUAGGUGGCGGGUUAAUCCUGCCGCUGCUCGCGCGACUUAUGAGGUGGUUAUUGGAGGAAUUGCAUACCUACUGAUGAUUGCGGUGAUGACCAUGAAUCUCGGGUACUUCCUGUCGGUUCUUGGAGGCAUCUGGCUUGGGACUUUCAUUAUGGGCAGUGCCGCAGCUCACACUGAAUGGGUUCAUCAUAUAUAG